AUGAAAUGAAAGCUGCAAGCCAACCUGACACCAGCGACCAGGAAACACAGAAGGGAUUUUCUCACCAACACAACAACUGAAAUCUCUUUUUGACAACGUAUACGUGAUGGCUUCAAGGAGGAUUGUCCUGCUGGGAAAAACGGGCGCUGGGAAAAGCAGCGUGGCUAACACCAUUUUGGGAGAAGAAUACUUCACCGUGAGCCACUUCUCCCCUUCUGGGACAAAACAAUGUCAAGAAAAAACCAAAUGUGUGGACGGCAGAAGCAUCACUCUGAUAGAAACCCCUGGUUUCUUUGGGACUGAAAGCUCUGAGGACCAGAUGAAGGCCGCCGUGAUCAGCUGUAUCACACAGUGUGCUCCUGGUCCUCAUGUGUUUCUCAUUUUGCUGAAGGUGGAGAGAUUCACCAAGCAGGAGGAAGAGCUCAUCAGAGACAUCUGCCAACACUUCUCUGAAGAGGCUCUGCAGUACUCUUCAGUCGUCUUCACUCAUGGCGACCAGCUCCCAGAGGUGGAGGAGAUUGGUGACUUUGUCUGUAAAAAUGUGGCUCUGAACAACCUGGUGAUGAAAUGCAGAGGCCGAUGUCACGUUGUGGACAAUAAAUACUGGAAAAGAGGGGAAGAGGGCAACUACAGGAGCAACCAGUUCCAAGUGGCAGAGAUACUCAAGACCAUAGAUCAGAUUUUUGAGGCAAACAACGGAGGGUGCUACACCAAUGAGAUGCUGCAAAAUGUGCACAGAGAAAUCCAGAAAGAAGAAAUAAUGAUCAUGAGUUCAUCAGUCAGUUUGUCACAGGAAGAGAUUCGAGGCAGGGCUGAAGUGAAGGUGUCUGACAGGUUGCUGAUCCUGUUUGCAGGUAUUGGAGCAGGUAUGUUGACUGGAGCAUUCCUGGGUGUGCUCGAUCUGCUCACAGCUGAUUCAGAACAGCUUCCAGCUCUGACCUCGACAGCCAGAGGACGACAGUCAAUGGCCAUGGCUGCUGCGCAGGGAUUGAUGAGAGGAGUUAGACCAGGAUGUGAAGCAGCUGAGGAAGCUGGAAGCCCGGGGGAGGCCAUGCUGAAAACCAUCAAGAUGCUCCAGAAACAGCCUCCCUCAGAUUCAAGACGACAGAUUACAAAUGAGCAAGGAAAAACAGAGGAUAAACAAUAG